AUAAAAAUGACUUCGCCAUUCACAAGCCACCCACUAAUUUAAAUUCAGAACUUCCGUGAGAACGGAUGAAUUAUAUUCCUGGUUUGAGAACACCGUGGGUAGAAACACAAGCACAGCUCGAAACCGACAGGGCAACAUCGGGGGAGAUGAACUGUAGAGCAGUGAUGUAUCAGGAUUUCAGUGAGGUGUUGGACCAGGUUCCCAACGAUGAGAUCAUUCGGAAAGUCAGGAUUCACGGGGCCGAGAGAAGCUUGGCUGCGUGGGUUGAUCGGUUACAGAAGGAACACAGUAGUAAUGGAUGGCAGGCAUUCUGCGUGGGCGUCAUACAGUCAGAAAAUGUGGAAGAGCCGCGACUGGGUUUUUUUUUUAUCUUAGUGACAAAUUGAAUGACCAUUUCCAGUAGCUGAAUUGGCGUUCAUUCAUUUUACCUUUCCUGUUCACCCCUCUCCGGAAGCAGGUGAUUCCCAGAUCUCCUUGCGCGGUGAGUUGAACUCUAUGUUGUCUUUAUCGAUUACAGACGAAUGGCAUCGACAUGAUGUCAGAAUAUUGGACCAAACCAAUGUUCAAUGUCGAGACAGCGUCCGGAACGAUUCAGAGCGUGGAUCAGUCACCAUUUCUGAAAAAAAUAAGAUGUGUUUUCGCAAUGUAAGAUUGAUGUUUGUUUUCUGUGUUAGGAGCAAAAACAGAUGAAAGUUGUACCCUCACCUCUGGCGCGAUGGUGGGCAUUGUACUUGGCUUCAUUGGCGUGGGCCUGAUCGGCGGAGUCAGCGGAUGGUUGAUCGCGAGGAAAACGGGAGGGUAAACGCAUUUCUCUCCGAAUCUCAUUUCUACCUUUAAUUAGUGUUUGAGAAUUUCGGCGGAAACGGCUUCUGCUCGGAUUCAGGGGCAUCUGCGGACCGAACCAGCAUUCCGCAUUCACGCCGGAGUUGUUUGUCUGACAUUUGAACGUCUCUCUGAAAGAGGUUUGCGUGCAGCAAUGUUUGUGUGGAAAGCUGAGUGUGUCAAAAAGGCCCGGGCAAUUUUCUCCACUUUACCCAUUACGGUGACUGGAAUCGGGCAUCUGAUAACCAGUGCAGUGAAAGCGAAUUCUAGAGAGGAUCAAAUGGAAUUACAGGAGCCGUUCUCGUUCGGUGUACCAGUGCAGGAAAGUGACAUCUCGCCGGAUUCAUGUAUUGAUCUUUGUUUCUGUCUGUUCAGGAUCAAAGAUCCACCGCAAUCCAAACUCGAUACGAGCAUCAAUUCCGGAAGAACAAGCCCCUUGGACACAGAGACCGUGAACGCAUCACCAAACUACGAAAACUUCCCAAGGAAUGAACAGGACACAAGUAACAAUGCAGAAGAUGGAAACUCCACUUACACGGGACUGGUUCUGGGCGAUCGAUCUGUUUACAGUGAUCUGAAGAGAUGACGUCACUGGUGAAUAGAAGAGGACGGUUGGCCGGGAAUUCACACAUGAGACGGACAACCCUCGUGGAAGAAGCCACCGUUCAAAACGUCUCUCACUUUUGAUCUACAACCGUUAUCCAUGUCUCCGUCUUUUGUCUCUCCAGUGUCACAUUAUCGCUUUAAGAACUGUUUCUGCAUUAUCGCUUUAAGAAUUGUUCAAGCUGCCUCACAGCAGCCAACUUCCGUUUAAGUUAGUCGUUUGUUUACUUUUGGGUUUUUUU